UUCGGAACCAAUUGAAUACUUGUGUCUACACUUCUUUUUGGUUGGGUGAUUUGAAUCCAUGCCUUCAUGCAUUGACAUGAGGACGUCAGCUGUGUUUUAUAAAGGUUAUUUUAAGCUCCUGAUCGCGAGUUUGUGGAGUAUGAUUUGUUUAAUAUUCAGGAGGCAUUUAAAGACAGCACUGAAAUAUCAGAGUGUAAAAUAUGAUAUUGUUCCGCUUUCCCCUCUGUCCAAGUAUCGGUUAUGUACUUUGAGACGCAAAGUAAUGGUAUUGGAUUUGGAUGAAACACUAAUUCAUUCAGUACAUGAUGGAAUACUCCGACCAACAGUUAGACCAGGAACUCCUCCAGAUUUUGUACUUAAAGUCUUUAUUGAUCACCAUCCUGUCCGUUUCUCUGUACACAAACGACCACACGUUGAUUUCUUUCUGAAUGUGAUAAGUCAAUGGUAUGAACUUGUAAUAUAUACGGCUAGCCUUGAAAUUUACGGUGCAGGAGUAACUGAAUUACUAGACAAUGGACGUCAUAUACUUCAACGACGGUUUUACCGACAGGUUAGUUGUCGUCUUUUUCUCACAUCAUAUUGUUUCAUGCUCAAUAUUUAGAAUAAGUUGUCAGGAUGUUCUUGGUUCUCGGUUUUCCUGCUUUUGGUAAAUAGUUAAAGAGAAACAUUUCAGAUUUUGUGGAAACUCGUGUUAUUUGCGAAUCACAUACUCACUUACUAGGCUGUACAGUUAAAAAUAUUACUACUAAACUAGUUGAUUUGCUACUGGCCCUAUUUUUGAUGUAAUUUGUAUGGAAAAAAUGGUCAUUUCAAUUUCUUUUCUAAAAGCAGUAAGGCACUGUACAUAUGACAACGGUAGCUAUUCAAAGAAUCUCUCACUCAUCACUUCCGAUUUGGCCUCUAUAUUUAUACUGGACAAUUCACCUGGUGCCUACCGCUCGUAUCCAGAUAAUGCUAUACCAAUUCGAUCAUGGUUCUCGGAUUCACGUGAUACAGCUCUUCUGUGCUUAUUACCAGUGCUAGAUGCGCUUAGAUUUGUGAGCGAUGUACGUUCAGUACUGAGUCGUAAUUUGCAUAGACCUCAAUCUAUGCUACCUUAGUAAGCGAAAACAAAAAGAAAUGUAUUUAUUUUGGUACCCGGCGAUCUUUUUAUCUACGCUUUUUUGUGUAAUCAGAUUUUAUAGGUGUUGAAUUAUUAACUAUUAGUAUAUGUUGUAUAUUAAAAAUUUACUUCACUUAUUUCAAAUUCUUUCUUAAAUUAUUCUAAUGUUUUAAUCCUAUUUAUAACUGCUAUUUCUUGAAAAGAUUAUUGCCGUAGAUGAUGCACAUGUGUACAUGAUAUUCUUGUGUUCAUUUGUUCAGAGUUUUUUUACCUCACAAACACACAUAUACACAUAGAAGAUAUGUACUAGGAGUUUUUCAUGAUAAAGUUACAGCUAAAAGCGUGUUAGUGUCUUUGUAAAGUAGGUUUUUCUUUUCAGUGAUAUCUACAAGGAUUUUGUUUCGAAUAUUCACGCUUCUUUUUUUUCAGUUCUUGCACUUCAGAACUUUCUCCAUUUCUUCGCUUGUUUUUUGUCUGUUUGUCAACUUACUUAUCCUAAUAAUGCUUUAUUGGACUAUUGUUAUUAUUAUGAAAUCCGUCCAUCAGCUUUCAUGUAAAUAAAUGAAGAUGAAAAUUCAUUUCCUGCAAUAA